AUGGCAGAUGAAAAGAGACCGAUCGUGGCUUUCUUAGGCCCUGAGGGCAGCUACACACAUCAGGCCGCCCUCUCCGCCUUCCCCCCAGCAUCACCAUCAACGCCACCAGUAACCCUCACCCCCUCCAUAACAAUCGAAGACGUCUUCUCCGCCGUCCAAUCCCGCACCGCAUACCGCGGCGUCGUCCCCUUUGAAAACAGCUCAAACGGCAGCGUAGUCUUUACCCUCGACCUCUUCGCCGACCUAAACAACAAGUAUCCUGAUAUUCUUGUUACGGGAGAGGCGUAUGUGGCUGUUAAGCACUGUUUGUUGGGGUAUGCAUCCACUGCGACUAAGAAUGGAGAUGGAAGAGAUGGAAGAGAUGAAAGAAAGGGGGAUGAUGGGAACGACUUGUCUCAUAUCAAGAAACUGUACUCCCACCCACAGGCCUGGGGCCAGUGUAAGAACUUUCUGGCUAGGUACCUCAAGACGGCUGAGAGGCACGACGUAAGCUCCACGAGCAAAGCCGCGGAAAUCGCGAGUCAAGACAAGACCGGCGAGUCCGCAGCCCUAUCUAGUGAAAUCGCCGCAGAGCUCUUCGGACUGGAUGUGCUGGCCAAGGAGAUCAAUGACAAGAAGGGUAACAGCACAAGGUUCUUCGUUAUACGCCGAAAAGACGAUGAUGGGGGUGUAGAGACGACAACCGCGCCGAAUUCCAGAACUACUAUUAGGACGCCAUCAACCAGCUCCAACGCAAACACCUGGAAAUCACUCAUCACCUUCACCAUCGAGCAUUCGAAUCCUGGUGCGCUGGCGAAUUGUCUGACGGUGUUUUCACGUCAUGGGAUUAAUCUGACGAGUAUAAAUACGAGGCCGAGUGGAGUAAGGAAUUGGCAUUAUGUUUUCUUUGUCGAGUUCAAGGGGAGGAAGACAGAUACUGAUACGGGGGAUGUGGAUAAAGCGCUGGGAGAGCUGGAUAAGGUGUGUCGGGGGUGGAGGUGGUUGGGGAGUUGGGAGAAUAGGCUUGUGGAUGAGGGGGAUGGGGAAGGGGAGUGA